AUGCACAGAAUGGCCGUGCAGAUGAUGCCGUGGAGGCAUACGUCUGUUCGGCACGCAUUCCUGCAAACCGCUCGAGGACCUCUUCAUGGAACAAAGCUUCGUGGGUUUUCGUCAGCAUCGGUGAGCACCACGUCAGUGAUGGACUUGUAUCAGUCCCAGGUGGACCGCGGGGCUUGCCGUUACAAUGCUGCGCAGCUGCCCUGCCUGGAGCGCCUCGACAUGCUGCACCGGGAGCUUAGCGCGCCGAACCGCGCCCCACCCAGAGGCAUCUACAUCUAUGGCGAACCAGGGGCUGGCAAGACGAUGAUGAUGGACAUGUUCUACUCCCUGGCCAGCAAGCAGGGUGUGGCAAGCCACCGGGCACACUUCCAUGACUUCAUGCUGGACAUGAACAAAAGCCUGCAUCGGAUCCGGAAGGACGUCGGGAAGAUGGCAGAUCCCUUGGCUUUGGUGGCGCAGGAGUUCGUUUCCUCCACGCCUCUGCUGUGCUUCGAUGAGUGUCACGUCCUAAACGUGGGCGAUGCAUUGCUGAUGUGCUCCUUCUUCAAGCACCUCUUCAAGGCCGGCGGCACGGUCGUCGCCACGUCCAAUCUGGCCCCCGAAGAGCUCUACUCCUCGGGCAUCAACCGGGAGGUUUUUCAGCCUUUCAUUGACGCCAUGCUGGAUCACUGUGACCCCGUGCGUCUGGUGGUGGGCGAAGACUUCCGGGCAACCAAAUCGGCGCAACUCGCGGCCUCGGAUGGAGACCGUGCCUUCUUCUGGCCUCUGGGCCCUGAGACGGACCUGCGCCUCGUGGAGAGGUUGGAGAGCAUCCUUGGAAGUUGCCCGGGUCCGCGGCCCGAGUGCCUCCCUGUGCCUAUGGGGCGCACCUUGCAGUGCAGUCGAGUGUGGCGAGGGACAGAGGCGGCCGCCGCCGACUUCUCCUUCGAGGAGCUCUGUGUGGCGGCUGUAGGCACUCAUGAUUACAUUGCUCUCUGUGAAGCUUUUGAUGUCAUCGUGGUCCGGAGCGUGCCCCGCUUUGCUUCCACAGACGAGAACGCUGCACGACGAUUCGCUUCCUUGGUCGACGUGAUGUACGACCGGCAGAAGCGCCUACUUUGCACCAUCGACGCUCCCCCGGGUGAGCUCUUUGCAUCCAUCCGGGAGCAGUACAGUGGGGGUGCGGAGGACGAUCGCGGCGCUUCUGUUCGCAUGCCCUCGCAUGGUGGCUCCAGCGGUAAGCAUGUGGCCCAGUUCCGCCUGCCUCAGUCGGUGCGCUACACGGACAGCGGGGGCUACAGCGUCGUCAAGGGAAAUGAGGCCCCACCCAAGUCGCAGGGCGACGUGGACCAGGGUUGGGUGGAGUGGUCGGCAACGGGGCUGAAGGAUGCCUCGAUGUUCGACCUCACCUGCCACACCAAGAUGCAGCAGCACGACCGUCUCCUCCCCUUGCUCCGGUGCGAGUCCAGACUGGAGGAGAUGUCCUACAUCCAGCUUGGGGGCCUGUCGCAGUGA